AUGCCAGAUGCGUCCUAUUCGUUUCACAAUGUCAAUGUCGGAGUCCUUGGCCACGUCGACAGCGGGAAGACCAGCCUCGUUGCGGCCCUGUCUACCCAGCUGUCAACAGCUGCACUGGACAAGCACCCUCAGAGCAAGGAGAGGGGCAUCACUUUGGACUUGGGCUUUUCAUCCUUUUCAGUGCCGAUGCCCGAGCGGCUGACCGGCAGCGUCCCUCUCCAGAAUCUCCAGUUCACUCUGGUGGACUGCCCUGGGCAUGCCUCCCUCAUCCGCACCAUCAUCGGCGGCGCCCAAAUCAUCGACCUGAUGAUGCUGGUUAUAGAUGUCACCAAGGGCAUCCAGGCUCAGACAGCGGAGUGUCUGGUGGUGGGGGAGAUAGCGACGCGGCACAUGCUGGUAGUCAUCAAUAAGGUGGACCUGCUGCCUGCCGAGCUGCGGCCCAAGCUGGUGGCCAAGGCUCGCAAGCGCCUGGCGCAGACCUUUGCUGCCACCACUUUCGCUGGAUGCCCCAUGGUUGCCGUCUCGGCCAAACCUGGUGGCGGGGAUGGGCCAGCACCGCCUGCAGAGGGAGUGGAGGCGCUGAUAGAGGAGCUGGUGAAGCUGGUGCCGGCGCAGCCGCGACCGGUGAAGGGGCCGUUCCUGUUCUCUGUUGACCACUGCUUUGCAGUGAAGGGGCAGGGUACGGUGCUCACCGGCACUGUCCUGGCCGGCUCUGUUGAGGUCGGGGGGAUGGUGGAGCUGCCAGAGCUGCGGCUGGUGAAGAAGGUGAAGAGCAUGCAGGUGUUCCGGCGGCCGGUGCCGUCCUGCGCGCAGGGCGACCGCGCAGGCAUCUGCGUCACGCAGCUCAACGCGAGCAACUUAGAGCGCACGUUGCUGUGCGCGCCGGGCACCGUGCCGACCUUUAGCGCGGCCAUUGCUGCGGUUGAGAAAGUCCGGUUCUUCUUGGGGACCCUGCCCUCCAAGAGCAAGGUGCAUGUGUCGCUGGGGCACAGCACAGUGAUGGCGGAGGUGAUGUACUUUGGAACACCCGACGGCAGCGGCCACGAGCCGGCUGCAGCCCUGCGCUCUGUCCUGGACCGCAUCCGGCAGCUCGCUCUCAACGAGGACGUGAAGGACUUUGAUUUUGGCGCUGAGUACGCGUACCAGAGCGAGCUGCACGGCUUGGAGGGGCGGCCCUGUGCUUCAGGGGCGCAGCCCACCACGCACCAUGGGCCCCAGUGGGCUCUGCUGAAAUUCAGCCAGCCCGUCACUGCACCCAAGGACGCAUUGGUCAUUGGGUCGCGCUUCGACACAGACGUGAGCAAGGCAGCGUGCCGGCUGGCAUUCUACGGGCGGCUGACGGCGCUGCUGCGGGCCGAGGAGCCGGGCGAGCUGGCGCGGCUGCGCAUCUUCAAGGCCAAGACGCGCGCCGGCAGCAUCGACCGCAUUGCCAAGGACGGCUUCAGUGCUGUCUGCAAGGGCAUGUUCAGCAAGGACACCGACAUCUCCCUCUUCGCCGGCAUGAAGGUGACGACACAGAGCGGUGCAAUAGGCACGAUCGAGGGCUCCUUCGGCAAGUCUGGCAAGUUCAAGGUGGCCUUCCCAGAAGGCAUUGCACCAGCAGCGCCCGGCCAGAAUUCCAUCACGUUGGUUUUUAAGCGCUUCAUCUAUGACCAGAAUAAGAGAAAUAUGGUCCAAUAG